AUGGUUAUCAACUGUGAUGCAGAAAUGGAACACAAAUCACAGAAAAUAGAUGUUGUGGUGGUAGCUGCAGAGAACUCCUUGGGUUAUGAGAUUUUACAGCAGAAGAGUUACAAGGGAGCCUCUCAGGAUCCCUCUAAACUGGACCCAUCUUCCUCUACGACUCUCUUCACUGCCUAUGAAGGUUCCUUCAGAGAAAAUGACUCAAAUGCUACGACACAACCCAAGACCCCCUGUGAGCGUGUUGGAGAUCCUGUGAAAAACGGCCCACCUGGAGACUACGUCCCCGCGUUUGAAAGCCAGGGAGAAUACACCCCUGAGCAACACUGGGGCUCAACAGUGGAGAGUGCUUGGAGUCAAGAGGCACUGUUCGAUAUGUUCCUGCACGGCGUCUCAGAGGAGAUCAAGGACGAGCUUGCAGCCCGGGAGUUACCCACGGAGCUCAAUUCCGUCAUCGCUUUGACCAUCCGUAUCGAUGGGCGAUUACGGGAACAACGGAGGGAGAGAAUUGGAUUUUGCUCGCACGCCCUGGGAUCCGACCUUGCCUCCAAGUCAUCCCGGAAGCUCCCGAUGGUCUCGCUUGCCUACCACUCGGACGCCCGUCGGACCCUGGCCUUUGAGCGACCGAACUUUUGGUGUCCUAUGGUCCCUGACGUGUUCGAAGUCAUUGCUGCUUGCACACUAGCAUGUCCUCCGGGUUCCACCAUCCAGUCAGAGAGAGCCAACCAAGACCUCGAGACCACCCUGCACUGCCUGGUCUCCGCCAACAACACCAUCUGUAGCCAGCAGCUUGUGCCCAGCCCUCCUCCCGGUGUCAUCGAUGGCCAUCCGGCGAACACGGUGACGGAGCUGUACUGUUCAGGGUGUGAGGUGUGUGUGUGUGAGGUGUGUGUGUCGGGGGAGCACGCGGACCAUCCCACGGUACCGUUAUUAGACUUUCUGGAGACACACAGAGACGGUCUGCAGGAGAGACUGACUGCUGCACAGAACAGACUGCCUCAGAUCUCGGAGGCCCUGGUGUCUCUGAGAGAGGUCCUAAAGCAGCUGACCAAUCAGAGAGAUGUGAUCGAGGAGGACAUCCACGUCAGCUUCGAAGAGCUCCACAAGACCCUGGACGUCAGGAAGAGUGUUCUACUGAUGGAGCUAGAGGUCACCUACGGACUGAAACAGAAGGUCUUGCAGGCCCAGCUGGACACCCUACUCCAUGGCCAGGGGGAUAUCGUUGACACAUGUAUCCAGACAGAGAAGGCCCUGAGCGGGGAGGCCAGCGCCGCGAGCCUGCAGGCUGAGAGAGGCCUUGGGGAGAUGCUGGGGGAGCUGGCCAGCCAAGGGCUACCGUUCCAGGCUGAGGAGAAUGAUCAGCUGGAUUUACUGAUGAAGUCAGAGGGGCUGAGAAAGUCUAUCCACAAACUGGGAACUAUCAUCACUACCAGCGCGGUGGCGAGCCAGAGUGAGGCGUCGGGUGUGGGACUGGAGCAGUGCAUCGUGGGUCUCCCAGCCUGCGUAACCAUAACGACCAGAGACAAGGCCGGCGGACCCUGCCGGAGCGGCAAUGCCAUCCUGUCUGCUGAGGUGUGUACUCCAGAUGGUAGCGUGGCGGACGGGGAGAUACUCGACUACAAGAACGGGACAUAUGAUUUUGUUUACACUGUAAACAAGGAAGGAGAGUUUUCAUUGGCUCUCCGGCUCUAUGACCAACACAUCAAAGGAAGUCCCUUCAGACUCAGAGAGUCUCCUCCCACCACCACAGCCACCUCUCUGACGACCACCGCCACCCCGUCUACAGGCUCCUCUGAGGGGGCUAAGCGGAGAGGAAAGUCCCCUGGGUCUGGGAGUAAGAAGAAGGGUUCCAGGAGGACAGGCAGUGCCCUGGGGACACCCAGACGCAAAGAGAAUCCCAUCGAAGAUGAUCUUAUCUUCAGGAUCGGUACUAAGGGGAGAAAUAAAGGAGAGUUUACUAACCUGCAGGGUGUGUCAGCGUCCUCCAAUGGCAGGAUUCUAAUAGCAGACAGCAAUAACCAGUGUGUCCAGAUCUUCUCUAAUGGGGGGGAGUUUAAGAGUCGUUUUGGGGUGAGGGGUCGGUCGCCAGGGCAACUCCAACGACCAACGGGUGUGGCUGUUCACCCCAACGGUGACAUCAUCAUCGCCGACUAUGACAACAAGUGGGUCAGCAUCUUCUCCAGCGAGGGCAAAUACAAGGCCAAGCUGGGCUCUGGUAGGCUAAUGGGACCGAAGGGCGUGUCAGUGGAUCAGAACGGUCAUGUGAUUGUCGUUGACAACAAGGCAUGCACCGUCUUCAUCUUCCAGCCAACCGGCAAGCUCGUUUCUAAAUUCGGUAGCCGUGGCAAUGGAGACAAACAGUUUGCAGGUCCUCAUUUUGCAGCCGUCAACAACAACAAUGAGAUCAUAGUGACAGACUUUCACAACCACUCUGUCAAGGUGUUCACCCCAGAGGGAGAGCUGCUGUUGAAGUUUGGAUCUAACGGAGAGGGCAACGGUCAAUUUAAUGCUCCUACAGGCGUGGCCGUCGAUGUGAACGGGAACAUCAUUGUAGCCGACUGGGGCAACAGCCGCAUACAGGUGUUUGAUGGUAGUGGCUCCUUCCUGUCCUAUAUCAACACAUCAGCUGACCCUCUCUACGGACCUCAGGGUCUGGCUCUCACCUCUGAUGGACACGUGGUGGUGGCCGACUCUGGGAACCACUGUUUCAAGGUCUACAGAUACCUACAGUAA